GGACAGAUGGAAUUCUGUAUUUAAAGCUAUUUCAGCUUUUAAAAGAAAAAACCUAAGAGGUGGCUUGGGGCUACUAUGAACUAAUAAAUUCGUCAUAAAUUUGACAUUACCACAUCUUUUGGUAUCUGCCAUAAAUGACACUUUUUCUGUUAAACGAAAACUGUGUUUCCUGAAGAAAUAAAACGAAUUUUUACGACGUUUGAUUAACAAAGUGGAACAGUUUUAUGAAAUGAAUUUUAAAUUUUGGAGAUACAUGAUAAUUAUAGAUGGGCGUUCAAUACAAGAGAGAAUAACAAUGUAUGUUGCUGAAUUUUUGGCUACAUUUAUUUUGAUGUAUGUCGGUUGCAUGGCAUGUGUCAGCCCUAGCACCACAGCACUAAGGCACCUCUUAGAAGUUGCUUUUGGUUUUGGUUGUGCUGUUGCAACGGCCAUUGAGUGUUUUGGAGCAAUUUCUGGGUCACAUAUAAACCCUAUCAUCACAUUGGCAGCUUUUUUGUUAGGAAAACUUCCUCUUGUUGAAAUUCCUGGUUACUUAACUGGACAAUUUUUAGGAUCCACAGCAGCUUACGGAUUGAUAAGAAUAAUGAUGGCAGAGAGUCUCAUAUUUGGUAAAUUUUACCCUGAUGCUGGAAUUUGUGCUAAGGGUCUAAAUCCCCAAUUAACAACUGCACAAGGAUUGGCUAUUGAAACAGGUAUAUCUUUUAUCCUGAUUUUGAUUACUUGUUCUAUUGUGGAUUCAAGAAAUAUUAUGUCCAUGGGCACCGCAGGACUCAAAUUCGCUGUUACCAUUUUUAUACUUGCAAUCGUCGCUGGUCCGUUUACAUCUUGUCAUAUGAACCCAGCAAGAACGUUCGGCCCUGUAGUAGUGAACAACGCAUGGAAGAAAAACAGUUGGAUAUAUUGGGCUGGACCAUUUGGAGGUUCCGCUUUGGCUACUAUUUGCUACAUUAUAUUUUUCUGGAGGAGAAUGACAUGGUCAGAUUCUGUAAAAAUUGAUGUAAGAUUGACACGCAUGCUGUCAGAAUUUUUUGGCACUUUUAUAUUAAUAUUCGUUGGAUGUAUGGGCUGUGUAUUUCAUAAUCCCAUUACAGCACGACAUCAUCUGGAAGGUGCUUUUGCUUUCGCUUUUGCUGUUACAACGGCGAUUCAGUGUUUUGCCCAUGUUUCUGGAUCACAUAUUAAUCCAAUGUUGUCAAUUGCGGGUUGUAUUUGUGGACAAAUAUCUGUUCUAGCAGUACCUUUUUAUAUAGUAUCUCAAUGCGCAGGAGCAUUAGCAGGAUAUGGGAUGGUUGCGCUCCUGGCACCAUAUUAUGACAGAUUUGGUAUGCUUGAAGGAUCAGUAGUAGAAGACUCUGGAGUAUGUGCAACAGACAUAAGUCCACAUUUAGAACUGUGGCAAGGAUUUUUUAUAGAAGCAGGAAUAUCUGGUGUAACAGCUCUAGUUUUCUGCGCAGCAAUUGACAGUAGAAAUAAAAUAAUCGAAGAAUCACUUCCCCUACGUUUUGGUCUGGCUAUUGGAACUCUUGGAUUAAUAGCUGCUCCUUUUUCAUCUUCUCAUAUGAAUCCGGCAAGAACUUUGGGUCCUAUGGUAGUAAAUGGAUAUCAUAAAAAUCACUGGCUUUAUUGGGUUGCACCUAUAUCGGCAAGUAUAAGUAGUGCAAUCACCUACAAUAUAUUUUGGGCUGCUCCUUAGUUACCAUGUGUUUCUGUUUAUGUUUACAAAUAAUUUGUUAUGAAAAAUGUA